AUGCCGUACCCUGAUGAAGCUGAGGGAUUCCAGGUCGAUGGACCUAACUCUUUCACCCAGUUCCACAAGCGCUUCUUUCAGCUGAAGCCAUUUGGUGAUUAUGACGUCGACGUCAAGAUCGAAGCAUGCGGCAUUUGCGGCAGUGACGUGCACACCAUCAGCGGAGGAUGGGGAUCCCAAAAGUUCCCUCUGUGUGUGGGACACGAGAUUGUCGGUACUGCCAUCCGCGUCGGUCCCAAGGUGACCCUGAUCAAGGAGGGCGAACGUGUCGGCGUCGGCGCCCAGUCCUACUCCUGCGGAGAGUGCAAGCAGUGCAAGAACGACAACGAAACGUACUGCCCCGUCCAGAUCAUGGACACAUACGGAGCCGAGUGGCCGGAGACCGGCAUCGUCAGCCAGGGUGGAUACUCAUCGCAUGUGCGCACCCACGAGCACUGGGUAUUCCCGAUCCCCGAUGCCCUCGACUCCGUCACUGUUGCGCCAAUGCUUUGCGCUGGUCUCACUGCCUACUCGCCGCUAGUGCGCAAUGGGGCUGGACCCGGCAAGAAGGUUGGAAUUGUUGGUCUGGGCGGCAUUGGUCAUUUCGGCGUGAUGUUUGCAAAGGCGCUUGGUGCGGAGGUUUGGGCUAUUUCCCGGUCUCGGGCGAAGGAGGCUGAUGCCUUGAAGUUGGGUGCUGAUGGAUAUAUCGCUACUGCAGAGGAGGGCUGGGAUGAGCCGCACAAGUUCUCGUUUGAUUUGAUUAUUAACUGCGCCAAUUCUUCGGAGGGCUUUGAUCUGGCUCGCUAUCUGUCUAUGAUGGAUGUGCAUGGUCGCUGGGUCAGUGUUGGUCUGCCUGAGGAAGAAGGUCAGGUUAUCAAGGCCCAAAACUUGAUUUCCAACGGUGUGCUCAUCGGUGCUAGCCAUCUGGGUAGCCGUCGGGAGAUGCUUGAGAUGCUGCAGCUGGCUGCGGACAAGGGACUUAAGGGUUGGGUUGAGGAGAUCGCUAUCGGUGAGGAGGGUCUGAAGGACGCUAUGCUGCGUAUGAAGAAGGGUGAUGUCCACUACCGGUUUACCCUGACUGGAUAUGAAAAGAUUUUCGGUUAA